AUGUCCUCCAUGUUUGAGCGUGAUGCCAAGAAGGUAGUCAAAGAGCUGGGGAAGAAAGGGGAUCUCAUACCUGUCCAGAGCCUUCUCAACUCUACUCGCUUCCGCCCUUUCUGCCUGAUUCGGAAGAAGGCAAAAAAAUUUCCCUGGUUCUUUCAACCUCCCUUUUUUGAUACAUAUUUCUCCCUCAUGGACAUCCUGGAGCCAAAUUCCCCAGUCCCAGAAGUGACAUCAAGCAAACCCUUCCAUUUCUAUGAAACCGAGCAUGGGGAGUUAAAGGGAGAGAUGGAUCUGGACGUGGCCAGUGAGAUGCAGGGGAAGGUGACAGGGGCUACCACAUCAUGCAAUAACUUGGCUCUGAAGCUGCAAAUCCUCACUGUUGUCCCCCAAAUCUGGGAGGCCUUGAUGGAGAGAAAAGUGAAGUCAAAGCAUUCCUUCCUUCAGGAGGUGCAAAAUCGUGGGGAAAAACUUUAUGUAGUGACAGAGGCCAUAGAGAACAUGGAAGACACAAUUCUGAUGCACUCCAACAAAAAAGAAGGCUCAAUAGAGACAUCCUUGGGACAACUAUCCUCCCUCCCAGUCAUUACCUUCAAGAACCAAGCCCAAGGUCAAACAGACAGAAAAAAGGCGGUGACUAUUAACCAGGGCUGCAUCUUGGCUUAUCGGGCUCUGGAGCUGUUCAUUGAGAAUGAUGGAUGGAGUAAGCAAAGAGAACUUGGAUUGGGAAGCAUUUUUCUGGGAUAA